AUGUCUGAAAAGCGACAGGAUUUACAAGGUGUGCGAGGAUUGGCAAUUUUGGCAGUGCUUGGUUUUCACUUUUAUCCAGAAUUUGUUCCGAAUGGCUAUUUGGGUGUGGAUCAGUGAGUUUCUGGAUCUAGGUCAUGUUUGGAUUCGAAAUUUCUAGAUUUUUUGUGCUAUCCGGGUUUCUUAUGUGCAUGUUGCUCACCAAAUCAAAAAAUGCUCCGGUUCUCGAAAUCAUCAGCAACUUUUACAACCGUCGUCUCAAACGAAUCCUACCUCUCUACUUCCUACUUAUCCUAACUUCUCUCCUAUUUCUCCACGUGGCAUUUCCAGCUCACACAAUGGAGAAUAACAGGAAAAGUGCGAAACGCGCUCUAUUGCUAAUCUCGAAUCAACUGAAAACCGACGAGGAGACGUAUUUUGAAAUGCUGAAGAUUGGCGGCGAUAUUUUCACACACACUUGGUCGCUGAGUUUGGAAAUUCAGUUUUAUUUGUUGGCUCCGCUCAUAUUUUUGAUGAGUCCCGAAUUGGAAUUUAGAAAAAUCGGAAGAAAAUUGGGUUUUCUGAUCGUUUUGGUGACGAGUUUGGUGUACUUUUUUGCGAUUCCCGGUGACGUGGCGUUCGUGAGUGUUUUUGCGAGGAUCUGGCAAUUUAUGAUCGGAAUGCUGGCGUUCUCAUUUUGCCACGUGGAUGAUUCGAAUGAGCCCAAAUAUUUGCCAAUCAUUCAAAAUGAUGCAGAAGAGAAAGAGCAGAAAAUUGAAGAAGAAGAAGUUGGCUAUUCGAUAUUGGAGCCAGUUUUGAUUUUUAUGAUAUUAUUGGGAGUUUUCUGGCCACACGAGUUGCCGGCGAUUUAUUUGAGGUAUCGGUUUUUGAGUGGCAAAAUGGCUUGCAGUUUUGUGGCACGGCGAAAUACAGCAAAAAAAUGAGCGGAGUUUGUUCUAAUCCCUUUUUCGUCUCGCGUCUCUUCUGCACGCACACACAAUUUCACGUGAGAGAAAACGAGAGAGUGUGCGUGCAGAAGAGACGUAAGACGAAAAAGGGAUAUGAACGUUUUUCGAAUUUUCGCAGCGAACGUGUUUGUCAAAAAAUGAUUUUUUAUGAAACUCAUUUGUUUAAAAAUGUUGUUUUCCAGACCAAUUAUCACAUUUCUAACUGGAUUUCUCUUCACAAUUUCAGCUUCAUCUAAACUUUUAUCAAGAAGAGUUUUAACCUACUUUGGUGACAUCUCUUAUUCUCUAUAUUUAAUUCAUUGGCCAAUUUUUAUCAAUUGGAAAUUGACUCAAAAUGGAGCGCAGCUCCAGCUUUUCGCAUUCUUAUGUCUAUCGAUUUUCUUGGCUGUUUUGACGCAUGAGACUUUUGAGAAAUGGUACACCCGAAGUUCCUCGAAUUCGUUAAUUUUUUCAAUGAUUUUUGUGUUUUUUGCCGCGAGUUUUGCGGUGCUUUUCUAUUUAGAAAAGUCUCAAAAAUCGAUAAAUCUUGACGAGAUUUCAACCAAAAAUUGGAGCUUGAACGAAGUCGAAGACAUUAAUAUGAACUUUAUUGUGAAUGAGGCACAGAAUUCUCGUCAAAAUGAAUGUAGAUUUGGGAGAACUAAGAGGAUUUGUUAUAAAACUGGUCUUCAGAACAAUGGAAGCAAGAUAAUGGUUAUUGGGAAUAGUUGGGCGCAGAAUCACGGAAAGAUGAUUUAUGAGACAUGUGGAGGGAGGGCCCAAGAGAUCUUGCAGAUCAAUGAGUACGGUGGGUUUUUGGCGCGAAAAUGAUUUGAGCUCAUAGAAAUCCCAAAUUUCAGGUUGCGAGCCUCUUUACCCCUCUCGAAACCUUUCGAGAUGUUAUCAAAAUGUAUCAGAGAUUCAAAAUCUUCUCAAUGAAUUCAAGCCAGAUUAUGUGUUUCAUCUGACUCGAUAUCUCAGCUAUGGAGAUCCAAUUUACCCAAAUGAUCAAAUUUAUCAAAAAAUCCUUGCAAAAACUCGGGAAUUUUUGGAAAAUAUUGGAAAACGAAUGUAUUUAUUGAAUGCAAUUCCACCGAUUCAUCCGGAAGAAAUCGAAAAAAUAGUUGAAAAAAUGCGGGGAAAAAAGAAAUUCGUGGAAAUCGAUCAGGAAUUGGUGGAUUUGGAUAAUGGAAGAUGGGAAAAUGCUCGAAAAAGAUAUGCGAAAUUGAAAGAGGAUUGCGGGGAAAAAUGUGAAAUUAUCGAUUAUUUCGGGAAAUUUUACAAUCUAAAUUCGAAAACUUGGCGAUUUUUUGAUAAUCAUGGAGUGACUUAUAUUCUUCCAACUAAUCAUUUAUCACCGUAUGGUUUGAAAUAUGUUAGUGAUAUUUUUAGAGAUAUUUGUGACACAAUGUAGAUUGUGCUUUGUUUUUUAAUUACCGUAGAUUCUAAAAAUGAAAUGUUUUCUUGGCUGCAGAAAAUUUUCAGGUUUUUUUUUCAUAGAAUUUUGAAACGUAUUCUAACCGAGAUUUGCUGAUGAAAAUGUUAAAAGCUGCAAAAAAAACUUUCUGUGCAUUUUUUGCGUGAACUAAAAAAAUUGUACACGUGUACAUUAUUUUGAUUGUUCAUAUGAAGUGCAUUUCGCGCACACCUGACGAGAGAGUGUCCCAAAUUUUUUGUGCAGUGUGAAAAUUUUUUUCAAAAAAAUGUGCAGCGUGAAAUUUUCAAGUUUUUCGAAAAAAAGUCCGCGGGCAGGAGGAUUCGAACCCCAGUCUCAUGCUCGCCAGUCUAAAAUGCUAUCCUCUCGGCCACAUCUCUCUUUUCUCCCGAGGGAAAAUGUUGGUGGAAAGGAAACUGUUUUCAAACGAAUGCGUUGCAACGUUGCUCAAAAUUUGAAGUUAGGAUAACUAAGCUUAGGCUUAACGGAUAUAGUUGAUUUUUUUCCAAUAGAUUGCUAAGGUCAUAGGCAGUGUGGAACACCAUGAGUGCAGUGUGGAAAUGCCCUAUUUCGCUGUUAUUUUGAAGUGUCCAUUUUGAUGGUAAAUAUGGACAUUACAAAGAAUCAGACGGCAUUUUUUUUCGAGCACAUAUCAAGGGUUGGUAUAUUCAGAAAGUUGGUGUAUUUUUAAGCGUAGUUUUUGAAUUUACCCAUGUGCAGUGUGGAAUUUGAAGUUUUUUCAUAGAAAGUCAAUUUUUUUGAAAUUUCAGUGACACUAUGGUUUGCUAAGCAGUCACGUAAAUUCCACACUGCACAUUAUGUUACCACACUAAAACAAAGUCUGCUGAGUUGAUUUUCACCGAGAAACUUCAAAAAAUUCGCAAGCUGAAGUUGUUUUUGAAGUUAGGAAAAAAUUAAAAAAGUUAGCUCGAAUGAAGAUUCGAACCUGGGCCUUCUGAACACUAGCAAAAUGGCCUACCACUGAACUAAAUGUGCAUUUAUUUCCCCAAGUUAAAUGUUGAUGAAAAGGAAACAAAGUUUUUUUCGAAAAAAAUGCAGUGUGACUUUUGAAAAAAAUGUACAGUGUCCAUUUUGGACACGUCUCGUCAGGUGUGAUUUCGCGAUUGAAAAUCCGAAGCGUGAGGUUCGUUAUUCAGAAAUUAAUUUUUAGCAAAAAAAGUGCAAUUUUCAAAACAUUUUGCCCUCAAAAUUCUCUUUCUGCUACUUUUCAAAAAAAAAACUCGAUGAAAAAUUCAUCAAGAAAGGCUAUAAUUAAAUUGGUUUGAUGGAUGUGUCCAACUUUUUUUUGAGGCUUUGCAACCAAAAUUCAAUUAUAGCUAUUUUUCGUCAAAAAAAAACUUUGAUUCGCUCAGAUAGAUUUUUUUCUAUGGAAAAGUUUCUUCCUGAAAGCUGAAAAAAGUACAAAAAAGUGAAAAAAAAAUGAAAAAAAAAUUCAAAUGUCUUUUUCCGCACAAUUCUCAACAGAGCGCACAAGCCUUCUCUCAAAAGAGCGCACAAGCCGCAUCCAAUUAUUUUCACUUUUUCUUUUUUUUUCGUUCUCCUUUUUCUCCCUCGCUCAUUGUUUAUUGAGCUGUGGGCUUGCCGAACACUUAUCUGUGUAAAGUUUGCUCCUCCAGCUGAUAUCUGGUUUCUGAACAUAUUUUAUCUUACACUUUUGUCUGCUAAAAAAGUGUUUUUUCUUUAGUUUUGAAAAAUAUGUAGAGAAUUCCCCGAUGAGUAAUAAAAAAACGUCAAUAUUUUGCAUUUUUCAGAUGGCGGGUAUUUUGCGAAGACUGCGUCGCUCAUCCAAAAAAGCCGCAAAAUACCGCUUCACCGUCACUCUACAAGAACUGCAACUUCUCACAGAUGAAACCUGGAAACCCGAAUCACUAGUUGUCUCAUUCGUCCAUCGCCGAAGGAAGAUUUCAUCCAAAGAGCGAAAAUGGGAGCAAUCAUUUUCAGAUCAGGCGAAAUGUGUGAUUAUUUGGCCAGAGCAAAUGAGCGAAUCAAUCGAUAUUGUCACAACGUUAUAUCGUUCGGCAGCCGAUGAAUUUGAUGAUAAAGAAUGGACGAUUAUAUUAGAAGAAGUGACUGCAAAAGGAAAACGAAAAGCAAUUGCUGCUGUCCCUUUAAAUGUUCGACUAUUCAUUCUAGACCUCCCUGAACAUAAAAGCGAACUCAAACUCAAACUCCGCCCAUUGGUGCCUCAUCUAAGGCAAACUUCAUUGAUUUUGCUAUUGGGAAGUGUUCUAGUAACCGAGGGAGAUGCAAUAAGUCUAUGCUCUUCUGUGAUAUCGCAAAGACCUGUAGAUGAAGUGGAUUUGGCGAGAAAUGUAAAUGAAGCUAGGAGAGAGUUGAAGGAAGUUGCUCCAGUGAUAUUUGAGAAGAAAAUCGAGCCACCUCCGGUUCCUGCUCAUCGAGAAUCUUUGGAGAAAAUCCGCCCACAAUGGCGGGUCUCUCAAGAACCUGUGGAAAAAUCUUGUGAGCCCGAGCCAGCUCCUCCAACCACAACCACCUUUGAAGUCGAUGCCAAUUCGCGCGCCAUCCCCGCCACUCCCAACACUCCCAACAACACCCUGCUGAAUUCCACACUGCCACGAAAACGUUCAGCGUCGCCGCGAGCACCAAUUCGACCCGCCGACUUGCAGCCAAUUGUUGGCGAAGGAUUGUUGGCCUGGUGCCAGAGGGUCACGAAUGGCUAUGGUGGAGUGAAGGUUGGCGAUUUUACGUGAGUUUUUUUUCGGGACUUCAAAAAUCAAAUUCAGAAUCAGCUGGAUUUCUAGGCUGACAAGGGAAUUGUUUCAAUUUGCAAUCGAGAUUUUUAAUAAAAUAUAUGUUUUCUAGAAUUUUCAAGCCGCUGAUCAAGAUUCCGCUAUCUAAAACUGCAAAGCUCAACUCCUAACUUGAGUUAUGACGUGGGAAAAUUGGAAAAUUGGGAAUUUUAAGAGUCAGAAUUUGACUUUAAAAUGAUUUUCAUGAAAAUCUGAUAGCAUAAGGUUGUUCAGGAGGCUCGAUUACAUAAGUAUACAAAAAUCUAGAAGAUUUUUCUAUGAGCCUAAACUUAUAUACAGGGCGACAACAAAUUAUAGCGACAAAUUCAACCAACUCUGGUUGUCGCUAUAAUUUGUUGUCACCCUGUAAUAAAUCGUCGACCUUCCUGAACAACCCUAUGCUAUUAUGUAGAUUGUUAUGAAUAUCAUUUUGAAGACGAUUUCUGACCCUUCAAAAUCCCAAUUUCCCAACUUUGCCACAUCAUAACUUAUGUUAGGAGUUGAGUUUUGCAGUUUUAGACAACGGAAUCGUGAUCAGCGGGUCGAAAAUUCUAGAACACAUAUAUUUUAUUCAAAAUCUCGAUUAGAAUCAAGUUGAAACAAUUCCCUUAUGGUUUUCUGGGCCUAGAUUUGGAUAGUCUGAAAUUCUCUUUAAAUAAUCCCUCCUCAUUUCCAGAAAAUCUUGGCGAAACGGUCUUGCUCUUUGCGCCAUCAUCCACACUUAUCGCCGCGAUUUGAUUGGUGACUAUGAACAACUCGAUUUCUCCGACCGAGUUGAUGGCCGAAAAUCGAAUAUCAAAAAAGCGUUGGCGGCGAUCAAAAUGAUGGGAAUGAAUGAUGUGCCAGAUGAGAACGAUUUCCUAACUCCCGAUAGAAAAUCGAUAGAACUUCUAUUGCAAAAAAUUCGAAGAAUCUUUGAGGGCAAUUUCGAAGAUGCCACUCCAACUAGCGCUUCAGAUCAUCGGAUUUCGAAUAUGUUCGGAAUUUCAGAAGCCGAGCAAAAAGUUGUGGAUAUGAUUAAUAGGAUUCGCGAAAAAGAGGAUGAUGAGAAUGCGGUGGAUUAUAGAGAUGUUAAAAUUGAGGAGGACAAGAAGUUCGAGUUGACUAAUGACGCUGAUUUUUAUACGGAUGAUGAUGAUGCGGAAACAUCGAAUUUGGUUUUUGGAAAUAAAAAUGAUGUAUCGAUUACGAUGGUCACACCGGGAUUCACGAAUAUUCGAGCAUCGGUGAGGAAUUUUGAAGAGGGUUUUGGGGGAAAAUUGGGGAUUUGAGAGCACUUUUAAUUUUUACGAAGAAUUCCACGUGGCAUUCAUUUUGCCACGUGAAUUUCAGCUAACAAUGAAACCUUUUUUGCUCAACACUUCAAAUCUUGAUAAAAUUUUGUCCAGAGACAGCUUUCGGGGUCAAAAGAACACCUCAAAAAUUUUUGUGGACCUCUGAGCCAAGUUUUCACUAAAAAUUGUCUGAAAACCAUCUGAAAUUUGAAUUUUUCUCACCAAAUUUGAUUUUUUUUUCAUAAAAUUUGGGUUUUAAAUUCACUAUGAAUAUUUUUGCGCCAAAUUAAAUUUCAAAAAUUCAAUAUCUUCAAAUCCAAAUUUUCUCAAAAAUCUGAAAAUUCCAAAGAUUUCUUUUUUUGUGGCUCCCAAAAAUUAACAUUUUUAAAUUGCAAAAAUUCUUGAAAAAUCUGAAAUUCAACAAAAUUGUUUGAAAAUUUCAACGUUUUAUUUUGCCACGUGAAUUUCAUUUUAUUUUUGAAAAUAAAUUUCAAAAUAAAAUUCAAAACUCUGAAAUUACAGUUAUUUUCUGAAGGUAUGAAAAAAAUCCCAUGAAAACUUGGUUAAAUUUCUGUAGAUUUUCAAAAACCCCCCGUUCAACAUUUCUCAAUUUUCCAGGGCCGUCAAGCCUCCCCUUCAAAACGCGACGAACUUCGUCGCCGAGCUCGCGAUAUGCUCGAAAAAUCCACGACACUUCCAACAACUCCGCUGACGCGGAAAAAUAGUGAGGAAGAACGAAGAAGAGAUCAGGCGAGGAAAUUGUUGGAUGAUGCUACGAUUGAUGGAACAACUUUUAGAAUUACGGCGGCUAGAAAUGGUGAGCAAAUUUUUUUGGGAGGGAAAAUCUGAUUUUCACUGAUUCACAAACGAAAAAAAAUGUUUUUUAACAUUGAAAGAUCAAUUCACGGAAAGUCAAAAAAUGUGGAAAUUAGUUUUUCGAGUUUUUCAGUCAUAAUGGGGUGAGUCAAUUUUAUUUUUUGACGAUUAAAUGGCCCGGCAACGGAGAUUAUGAGUACAUUUAAAAAUGUUCAAAUGUUGAUGAAUGAAACUCAAAAAUGCAUUUACUUCACAAAAAAUUGAAGUUGAACGUAAAUUUCAGAAAAAUAAAAAAACUGAAAAAAAUAAAAGAUAUAUGUGGCCGAACUAUUUUGGUGGCCGAGAAGUGUCGGGAAUUCGGCCAAAGCAACAAACGCGCUCCAACAAUGCAACAUUAGAGCGAGUUUGUUGCUUUGGCCGAAUUCCCGACACUUCUCGGCCACCAAAAUAGUUCGGCCACAUAUAUCUUUUAUUUUUUUCAGUUUUUAUUUUUCUGAAAUUUACGUUCAACUUCAAUUUUUUGUGAAGUAAAUGCAUUUUGAGUUUCAUUCAUCAACAUUUGAACAUUUUUAAAUGUACUCAUAAUCUCCGUUGCCGGGCCAUUUAAUUGACACAAAAUGUGAGUCAUUUUUGUGCGAUUUUUUCACGUUUUUGUCGAUUAAUUCCAUCUUUUUUUGCAAUUAAUUGCAUUCAAAAAUGAGGAAUUUCAAUACGAAAUAGAAUUUAUUCGACCUCUUUUUUGAAACGUGUCCCAAAUUCACUGCUUGUUUUUUGAAUUCAUUUCGAAAUGAAAGAAAAUUGAGAGAAGACAAUGUUUUUGUUGAUAAUUCCAACUCAUAUAGGUCACGUUUUAAAAUAUAGGUCAAAUCAAUUCUAUUUUUAAUGCAAUUAAUCGCAUUUUUUGCCAAGAAAUGAAAGCGAUGAAUUGACAAAAACGUGAAAUUAAUCGCCCUAAAAGACUCACUUUUUUUAUCAACUAAUCGCAAAAAACACGUCGAUUAAUUCGAUUGACUCAACCCAUAAAUGAUGACAAAUCGAGAUUUUUGAAGCUUCUGGGGUGAUUUCUGAUGAAAUUUGACCUUGGAAUUCACUUUUCAGUUUUUAGUUAAAUAAAAACUUUUAAAUUUUGAUGAAUUUCGAAAAAAUUAAUUAAUGAGGUAAAAUAAGGUGCUCGAAGCUUAUUUUCAUCAGAGUUUCAAGUUUCUCAGUCAAAAAUGAUGAAAAAUCGAGGUUUUUGAAGUUUCUGGGUGAUUUCUGAUGAAAAUAAGCUUCGAGAACCCUAUUUUACCUCAUUUUAUUAAUUUUUUUGAAAAUUAAUCAAAAUUUGAAAUUUUUUUAUUUUACGAAAAACUGAAAAGUGAAUUCCAUGAUCAAUUUUCAUCAGAAAUCACAAAAUCACAGAAGCUUCAAAAAUCUCGAUUUGUCAUCAUUUUUGACUGCAAAAACUCGAGAAACUAAUUUUGACUUUUUGUGAAUUGAUCUUUCGAUGUUAAAAAAAACAUUUUUAAACAUUUUUUUUCGUUCUUGAAUCAGUCCUACUGAAAAUGUCUAUUUUUGAGCAAAUUUUGUUUAAAAAUUCAAAAAAAGUAGUUUUAGACAUGUAAAAAUUUAGUCUGGAAAAUUUGAUUUGAAAAAAAAAUUAUUUUUGAAAAAUUUGAAAUUACUUGAUGAUUUUUCACCCAAAAAACCAUUCCAGCACGAGUGUUGUAAUUUAUUUCAUAUUAUAUUUUUAAUCGGUUUGAUGUUGUUCCUAUUGAACUUCUAAAAAUUCAGCAAUGACAUCAACUCCACUUCGAAACGGCUCUUCUUCGACUGAUCUUCGUCGUGUUGGUUUGUGUGAACUUUUUUGUGAUUGACUGAUUGAUUUUUGGUGUAUUUUUAGAAAUAGUUCGACCUUCAGUGGAUGUUCAUCGAUUUAAGAAACGCGAUCCAUCGCCGACAUUGGUCAGGAAACAAUGUAUGUUGUGAAUUAGUUUUGCAUGAUUUUGAGCUAAAAAUCCAGCGUUUCCGAUGAUUUUCGACCUAGAAAUCAUAAAAAUCGCCGAUUUUCAGACGAUCCAAACGACACUCCGCACGUUCCGGCAAUCAGUAGAUCGAAUGCCAAUUUUGGGAGUAGGGUGAGUUGUUUUGAGAAUUUUUGAGAAAUAAAAAUUUCCUGUUUAAAAAUUUUUAUGAAUUUUGGAAAUUUGAAUUAUUUUCUGAUGAAUUUACUGCAUUUUUAUGAUUAAAAAAUUAAAAAAAACCCAAAACUAAAGCCUUACCUAAUUACCUUAAUUAAUUACCCUAAUUGCCAACCUUAUUAAAUUUAUCCUAAGUUCUCUUACCCCCCAUUUUCCAAACCUCAAAAGAUAGCCCUAAUUUUCCCUGGUCAACUUUUGGUAUUAAAAUUCUGACCUCUCCUAAGUUACCCUAAAUCCCCUGCACCUUCCUUCUCAGAGAAAUGGGCUGGAGAACCGCCGGAUAGACGACACGGCGGAGAAUAUUCGGAAAACCGAUGGAGAAAAAUGUUCUCCGCCAGUUCGCCGACAGUUCUCCGAAUGAUCUACAAUGUUUCUCCUGCGCGAAAGAAUGUUCUCGAAGCAGAGAAUGGAAAACCAGCGGACAACUGGCGGAGAAAAUUUUCCAGUUUGAAGUGCGAAAAAAUGCAAAAAAAGCGCCUAGCGGAGAACCAAUGGAGAACUGUCGGAGAAACGAUGGAAAACUUUCGGAUAACCAGCGGAGAACUCUCGGCGAACCGCCAGCCGUAGGCUGGAUCUCCGAAAGUUUUCCGCCGGUUCCCCAGCCCAUUUCUCUGAGCUUAUAGGGCUGAUUCACGAACGAAAAAAAAUGCCGAAAAAACAUUGAAGGUCAAAAUAAGUUUUUCAGCCAAAAAUGAUGACAAAUCGAGAUUUUUGAACUUUUUGCUGAUUUUUUGUAAAAUAAAAAAUUAAAAAAUCUGAAUAUGAAUUUUUUUUUAAUUUUACGAAUUUCAAAUUUUUUUUCAUUUUACGAAAAAUCAACAAAAACUUCUGAAAAUUGAAUUCCAAGGUCAAUUUUCAUCAGAAAUCACUCCAGAAGUUUCAAAAAUCUUGAUUUGUCAUCAUUUUUGGCUGAAAAACUCGAAAAAUUUUCGUGAAUUGACAUUUCAAACAUUUUUUCGUUCGUGAAUCAGCCCUUCUUAUAGUAUUUCUGUGGUAUUCGUGAUGAUUGUGUUUGUAUUUUUGUACAUUUUCAGUCAACAAUUUCUAGAAUCGUCUUGAUGAAUUGCUCCAAUCGAAUCCAUUCGAUCGUGUAAAAAGAUAUGGGAGUAUGAGAAGUGCAGAACUCAAAGAAUCGUUGCAGAUUUUGGCCAAACAAUAUGGAUAUGUGGUUUGUUUUUUUUAUUGUUUUGUGCUAAAAUUCAGAUUAAUGUUGUAAAUUUGUUGUAAGCUUUUAAUUGCUUCUUAAUUAAUCAACCAAUAAAAAAUGUUGAAAAAAUUGGAUAAAAGUUCCCAUUUUCUAGGCUGAUGAACCAAUGGCAACACCCACCAAAAAAUACACUUCCCAAUGGGAAAAAGAUGUGCACGACAUUGAAGGAACUGCAAAAGAACAGGAGAAAAUUGAGCAACGAAUCGAGGAUGUUGAACAACAAUCGAAAGCGAUUGAGGCGAAAAUACAUGACACGGAGAAAGGCGGAUCGGAAGAGCAAAUGUUGUUGGAGACAUUUUUGAGAUUGACAAAUGAGAAGAAUACGUUGGUUGGAAGGCAGGAAUAUUAUAAUAUUAUUGAGAUGAUAAGGUGGGGAAAUUUGGGGAUUUUGGAGUGUUUUGGGCCUAAAAAUCGUGAUUUUUGAGUAGUUUUUACCUUUGAGCUGAAAAAUCAGAUGAAAAUCCCGGUUUUCGAGUUCAUUUUGAUUCAGGAAAUUUGAACCUGAAAUUAUUUUUUUGUCACAAAUCUGAAAAUUUGGUGAAUUUUAUUUUUCAGCCAAGAUUUAAUUUUUUCCUAAAAAUUUUGAGGCUAAAAAUCCCAGGCCUAAAGAGGUGAGGGAAUUUGGGAAUUGUGGAGUGGGUUGAACCUGGAAAUUGUGAAAAAUAUGGGGUUUUCAAUAAAUUUUAACCUAAAAUCCAGGUUUUCUCAUGAAUUUUGGGAAAAAUCCUGAACUUUUCAACCUAAAAAAUUUUCAAAGUUGGAAAAUUUCGAGUUUUCAAGCUCAUAUCCAGAAAAUUGAGAAAUUUGAACAUGAAAUUAUUUUUUUUGUCACAAAUCUGAAAAUUCUGUUAAUUAUGGAAACCACGAUUUAUUUUUUCCUAAAAAUUUUGGGGCUAAAAAUCCCAAGCUAAAAUUCAGAAACUAUUUUUAUUUUUUUUUAAUUUGCGCCGAAAAAUCUUGAGCUAACUAUAUUAUUUUAUACGACCCAAAAUUAGCCAAACUGAAGUUAGUCCUAAUUUUUUAAAGCCUAAAACAAGCCUGAAAAUUUUGAGUCUAAGGUACUAUUUUACCCGAUUUAUUCAAUGUUCAGAAAAAAAAUAUUUUUCAAAAAGAAAAAUUCCUUAUUUUUUCCAUUUCCAGACAAACCACUCAACAAAUCGACAAAUACGCUCAACAAUUGGAUGAUAUGACAAAAAAUGCGGAUGAUGAUUAUCAAAAAUCACCGGAAGAAAAAUCGGCGACUGACAAAUUGAUGGAAAAUUAUCGAAAAGCGCUAGAUCAAAAAAGCACGCUGGUGCAAAAAUUGUUUGCGACAGAAGAGGAAAUGUGAGGAAUUUUCAGAAAUUUUAGUUUUGAAUCUUAUGAAAAUCCAGGGAAAAAUAGGUUUCAAAUAUUUUUUAAUUGAAAUUUUGAGAUGUUUUUAUGCUAACUUUGUGGGAGCUGUUACCAGAAAAAUUAUUUUUUCGAAAGUUUCAAAUUCCAUGUUGCUAAAUAAUUUUUUUGAAAAUAAGUCUCCAUGAUUUCUGAAAAUCCAGGGAAAAAUAAGUUUUGAAAUUCAAAAUGAAAUGUCAAGCCACAAAUUCCCUCAAAUUUUCUCUCAAAAACCCCCAAACAUUUUUUUUCCAGGCACGAAGACGAAGAACGCUUGAAUAAUCUCACACUGGAAAGAGCUUCCCGAUUUGUUCGCGGAAUUGAUCAACCGGUUUCAGCUUCCAAAAGAUUAAUGCAAUGGUGGAGAAGAUAA